UGUGUGUGGGGAAGCUCCACAGAGGAAGUUACGCAGCCCUGGCUCAGGCACGGAGAUAAAAGCAGCGACUGUGAUUGAAAGUGAUGGCAAAAGGCUUUGAGCCUCAGUAUUAACUUGCGAGAGAGGCGCGGCGGCCGGGGGGGGGAGCGCUCCUCAAGCUCCCGGCCAUCUGCCCCCGAGCUCCAGGCGGGGGACCGGCUCCGGGGUUUGGGGGCCCCCAGCCAGGGGGCGCGGAUGCGAAUUUGGAUUUGUGUUUCUAUUUCUGGGCGGGGUAGGGUCUGCGGUACGAAAAAGUUCAACUUCUUGUAUCCCGGCUCCGGGCUUCCGAGCUCCCCCUGGAGACGGGGGGGGGAAGGGGGUUGAAAUUUCUACACCGUCCCCCCCCCCCACACUUCGCCUCUAUUUUACCACCCCCCCCCUCUCCUGUCCCUCCCCCCCCCCGCCCGCUCGGCCAAGCCCUGGGACGCUGCCCGGGCAGGUUGGUCCUGACCGAGGGGUGGGGAGCAGCCUCCCCCAGCCCGCCGGGAGGAGAGGACCCGUGUGCACCUGCCGCCCGGCCCGGAGCUCCGGCCGAACCUCCCCCGCUGCAGCGGCUCCAGGAGCGUCGAGCCCCCGGUGGUGCUUGCUAAUGAGCUCUCCCUUUCCCCUUAUAAUGAACAAGAAACGAGACCGCAGGUAGUUGGAUGGUUUGUAGCUGAAGCUUUGGAAACUUGGCAUUAUUAGCCAGAAAUUAUCCUACGUGCAUGCUUUUUCACCAAUGCAAGAAGAAAAAUAAAAAACAAACAAACAAGUCAAUGGUCAUAUUUUCAAUAAAGUGACUAUAGGCCAAUCGGUUUAGAUGGCUUGCAAAAUUUAUCACCCAAAUUAUGUUGUCAGAAAAGUUGCCCUUUAAAAGAAGUAAAGUUUAGGUCCAAAGAGUCUCCCAUUUCAAGGUUACAUAGAUAAUAAUGUCACUUAAAUAUUUUUUAAAUAAAGUUUGUUUUCUUUAAAAAAAAUAAUUAUUUAAGGCACACCACAGUUUAAGGUACUUUAAAAAACUAUACAUUGGUAGCAGAUGAAAAGGUUAAAGAAAACUUGAUCUAGACUCAUCACAUAGUCUCUCCAAUUUUUCUCCUAUCAAAUUUCAUCAGCGAAUCAGAACUUGAUAGCUCUAUUGAUUGAGUAGAGUCACCUCUAGAUAUUUUCACACUGAUGUGGACGAUCUUUUAUGCAAAACAAACAAAACAAAACAAAAAAACCAUUAAGUUAAGGAAGACUUUUGACCGCUGAUCAGCAGUUCUGGAAGGGCUGUCCAUAAUUCUCCAGAUCAAGUGACUUGCAAACUUGGCUUCCGUACUAAGAGACUUUCCUUGUCUGAACGCAGCAUUCAGAGCUGGGCCAUUGUUGUCAUCUGGAUCUCCUUAGGCUAUAUAAUUUUUUAGAUGAGACGUUUCCAUGCUGAUCCUGACAGUAACCCCUAGUCCAGUAGCUGCCUUUCUCGGGACUCUAGGCAUUUCCUUUGCCCAGGGACUCUGCGCUUGGUAUCAGUUGCCAUGCUGCACCUGGUUGCUUUUCUGUUGCACUGUCUCCCUCUGGCCAUGGGACACUAUGACAUUUGCAAAUCCUGGGUGACCACAGAUGAUGGCCCAUCAUGGGAGUUUUAUGCUUGCCAGCCCAAGGCCAUGCGAAUGAAGGAGUAUGUGACAGUGAGAGUGGAUCCACCAGGAAUCACCUGUGGGGACCCCCCUGAGAGAUUCUGUACUCAUGAGAACCCAUACCUGUGCAGCGAUGAGUGUGACGCUUCCACCCCUGACCUGGCCCACCCACCAAAGCUGAUGUUCGACAAAGAGGAUGAAGGGCUGGCCACCUACUGGCAGAGCGUGACCUGGAGCCGCUACCCAGAACCUCUGCUGGCUAACAUCACACUUUCCUGGAACAAAAGCAUAGAGCUGACAGAUGACAUUGUGGUGACCUUCGAGUACGGACGCCCCACCAUCAUGAUGCUGGAGAAAUCCCUGGACAAUGGGAGGACUUGGCACCCAUACCAGUACUAUGCGGAUGACUGCAUGGAAGCAUUUGGCAUGCCAGCCCGGCGGGUCAGAGACCUCUCUACCACCAGUGCCAACAGGAUCAUCUGCACAGAGGAGUACUCCCGCUGGGCAGGCUCCAAGAAGGAGAAGAACGUGCGGUUGGAGGUGAGGGAUCGCUUUGCCAUUUUCGCUGGCCAGGACCUCAGGAACAUGGACAACCUGUACACCAGGCUGGAGAGCGCCAAGGGAUUGAAGGACUUCUUCACCAUGACUGACCUGCGGAUGAGGUUGCUGAGACCAGCACUUGGGGGCACCUACGUGCAGAGGGAGAACUUGUACAAAUACUUCUAUGCUGUCUCCAACAUUGAAGUCACCGGCAGGUGUAAAUGCAACCUCCAUGCCAACCUGUGCUCCUUUAAGGAGGGCAGCCUGCAGUGUGAGUGCGAACACAACACCACUGGCCAGGACUGUGGCAAGUGCAAGAAGAACUUUCGUACCAGAUCUUGGCGGGCAGGCUCCUACCUGCCUCUCCCCAAUGGAUCCCCUAAUGCAUGUGCAGCUGCAGGCUCAGCCUUUGGCAACUGCGAGUGUUAUGGCCACUCCAACCGCUGCAGCUACAUUGACUUCCUGAAUGUGGUGACUUGCGUCAGUUGCAAACACAACACCAGGGGGCAGCACUGCCAGCACUGCCGCCUUGGCUUCUACCGGAACGGCUCGGCAGAGCUAGACGACGAGAAUGUGUGCAUAGAAUGUAACUGCAAUCAAAUCGGGUCGUUGCACGACCGCUGUAAUGAGACCGGCUACUGUGAAUGCAGAGAAGGUGCCUCCGGGCCUAAGUGUGAUGACUGCCUUCCCAAUUACUACUGGAGACAGGGUUGUUUUCCCAAUGUCUGUGACGAGGAGCUCUUGAUUUGCCAGAAUGGUGGCACCUGCUACCAGAACCAGAGAUGCAUCUGCCCUGCUGGCUACAAAGGUGUCCUGUGUGAGCAAUCCAAAUGUGACUCUGACAACAAGGCCUGCAAUUCUGCCUCCAGCACAUACCUCAGCCUAACCUUCUUCCUCAUCAGUGCACUCAGCCUCCAGCUGCGAUGCUUGUUGGACUUUUGAAUUGCAAACACAAGGGAGCAAAGUCAAGCUGCAUUAUGAGGGAGAGGGGGCAGGGGGAAAGAGGAGGCUAGGAGACUAAGGUCAUAGAUAGCCCUCCAUAGCACCACCUCCUCAGCCUUCCUUUACUCUUGGACUUCCAUGAUGUCAUUCAGGCCCCUGUCCACAGGGAGGCACCAUAUCUCAGGGGCUGACUCCUGUCGCUCCACCAGCAGCAACCUUGCUCAAACAUCCGCACCCCGGACAGAGGUGGCUGCAGCAUGGACUUGGCUGCUGAGCUGCAGGGAGAGAACUGUGACAGCCGUUGUGCAGAAGUGGCAGGACCUUGCUGUCAGUAGAAAGGACUCCUGUCACCCACACUUCCUUAAAAGCAGUGACUCAUUCCCCAUUUCGCACAGGGGGGCUCUGGUUCCAGGGCAUGGGGGACCCUGCCAAAACAGUGCCGCAAUCCAAGGAUUUAUUAUUUUUUUAAACUUUUCAGUAGUUUCAUUUUCUUUCUUGUUUUGAAAGAACCAGUCCUAAUUGCUCCAGAGCCCCAUGGCCCUAGAGACUGGAGUCCAAGGCAUCCCUGGGGGACUAUUUGGUCCAUCCUUGCUACAUAGUCCCAUGUUUCAUUGUUGACCUGGCCGGACCUUAGAGAUACCAUUGCCUACAAAUCUAGUUGCUGAAUUUAUUAAGUUUUGUAUUUUUGUUGUUGGAUUUUUAUUUCCUUUUCUUGCACUUGACCAGAACAAAAAGGCCAUUGUGCGCAUGGUAUAUCAGAGUGCAAUGUCUUAUCCAGGCAUUUCCGUAUAGUGUACGGUUCAAAUACUUUUUUGGUAGAGAAUUAUUUUUGUUUGAAUUAAAUGCUAUAAAAGGACUAAAACUUAAAGGGACAUUUUACCAUGAGCAUUUGAUUCUGGUGUAUAAUCCUACAGUAAAGCAACUAUUAAUUGCUGCUUGACCACCAUGUUUUCCUUUGCGUGCAGACUUAAUUACAGGUAAAGACUUAUUUUUUGAUACAUGAUGUCCUGUGUUUUCUGCCUCAAAUACCAAGAUGCACCCUCUGGGGGGGGUUUGUUUUGUCUUUAAGAUCGGAGGAAUUUAAAUUUUAUUAAAGCCACAAGCAGCCACAACCUUGGACUUUAAUGUAAACUCACAGGUGUUAGUUCAAAUAUGGAAAGGGAUUUAAAGCUCAUGGACAUGCUACAAUAGGGGAAAGUAUUUUAAGCCAUUCACAUGGAAGGGGGCUGGAGAAUUCUGAAGCAAUACAUGAUAUAAUUUGCAAACUGAGCAACCAGUGUGAUCCCCUAGCUGAAUGCUUUAGAUCUCUUCUCCCUGAGCAACUACAAUGCUCUGGUUUCAGCCUGAGGUAGCUCAGAAGUUAUUUUUCCACCAGUCCUCCACUGGCAUUUUCUAUAUCUAGUAUCCUUACCCAAAGAAUCAUGCUACUGCCCUUUCCCAGAUAAACAUAUCUCCUCUUUUGAUACUCUUCAUAUAGGAACCGCUCCUACUUCCCACGUUGCAGCUCUAAGCAUAGCUUGUACCCAGCAGUGGGAUUAUUCCAGGUCUGAAAACACCACACUUUGAAUCUUUCAGCCCUGUAUUUCAAAAACUAUAUACAACGAGAACCACUGAAAUGUAGCCACCGCUGCAGUGGAGGAUGGCAAAGGACCACUACUUUGUAAAAGAAGGGGAAAACCUGAGUAGAGACAGGACAAAUUCUCUCACUCAAUGAAAACAGUAUAAUGGAAUCAUUAAAGCCAGAGGUCUUGUUUGCUUUGAGCUCAUCUUUUCAUAUGAAAGAUCCCACGUACAAAGAGCAUGGAACUUGAUUCAAUCCAGCACCGAAGGGGUGAAAAGCCGAAUUGACCCUUUAGGUACAGGUAGCUUAAGUACUGCCAACUUCAUGAACUUGUUGGCAGAGGCAUUCUCUCCUUUUCUUGGGUGCAGCUGUACAUUGUCUAAGAUUUGCUAGAUGCUGCUUGCUACUACCAUUUGUUCUUGCUCUACCACAAAGUCCGCAUGAGUUACAAUUCUUGCAAGUAGUUUUUAUAGGAGAGUCUAUAACUAAAUCAAGACCUUAAAAGCAUGUCUGGAGGGGGAAAAUACACAUUUCCCUGUCCAAACACUACUAUUUCUCUAGGAAAUUAGAUUAUAAGCAACUGCAAAUAAUUUACUACUUCAUAAAACCAUUUCCCCAGACAGACUCCACAGCUACUGGAACUCCCACUCUGUGCUCAAGUGGCUUUAUUGCACUGGAAGUUGGAACAUUUAUAACAGCAACAAAAGCUUCCAUGGGGGGAAAAAAGCAAUCAAGGGUGGCACUGUUGGGAACUGACCAGCUAGAGACUCUGUGCAAAUGGCUGCUGGACAGGAGGCAGUAUUGCAUUAGACAGCAUCCUUAAAAAGAUGUCCCUGGCUUCCUUGCAUGGCUUUAGAGAGAAAUAAGCAGUAAUGAUGUUAUGACCCUCUCACCACAGGUUGGCAGCAGGGUUUAGACCACGUACCUUCAGUACCGACACAUGGGCUUCUAUAACUUGAGCCGAAGCAGCACCUCCUUAGCUAGUAACAAAAGUAGGCUGUUAUCCUUAGAGUAGCCACAAGGGGGAUACAACACACUUUACAGCUGCUGAAGUCAUGGUGCAAAAAAAAUGGAAAAAAACCAUGGUACCUAUCACCUAGUAUUGGGUUCUUUAUAAAUACCUACCUAGACAGAAGAGGAUGCCACGCUAAAGUAAUCUAACCAUAGGAAAACAUGGACACCAAGGAAUUGUCUCUAAGGCAAAUUAAAUGAUCCAUGGACUUUGGUUAGGACAACUCCAAAUAGCCAGUUAGAAAGCAAGGGGAAUAGUUCUGGUCCCAUCAUAAAGACAGACUCAAAGCUGCUAUGGUUGGUUCUGUUUUAGAAAGCCCAUUUUCAUUUUAAAAUUUAGCAGUCAUGCAGCCAGGAAGGACACACAACUGAAAACGCAUCUCCCCAAUCACAAAUUCAGCGUUUAAAAAAAGAAAUGUUUUUCAAAGCUUUGAGAACUUCAAUGCUUUGAGCAUAUUGACAAAAGGUAACAUGCAAGACAGGUAUCCGCACAGAAGAGAAAUGGCUUUCCUAUAAUACAAAAAGAAGAAACAUCCUUCAUCUUAGGUACAUGCCACUGAUGAAUGUUCACAUUCAGGAAGACCCAUAUAGAAGCUGCAGUCAUUCAUGAAGCAAAAGUUUAUGCUUUUAAAUAGGCAGGGAAAUAUUAGUUGUGGGAAGGCUAACAAAAAAAAUCCUUAAAAGGCAUCAGCACCCUCCUGGAAAAAUCUACUCACACUAACAUUUUAAGUUGGUUUGCCUGUUUAUUUUAAAAAUUAUAUCAGUCUGCAAAAUGCUGACCUCUUUAAACAAGCAUUAAGACAGACCUUUGUUUUUCCUAUUUACCUCAAAUUGUAUUCCAACUUUAACUAUUUGGUGGUGUCAUAACAAAUCUGUUUACCCAAAUAAAAGCCACCAAAAAAUCUGCAAUCCUAGACCUGCUGUCUGGCAUGAUUAAAUAGUGCCGCCAGUAUGAAUCUAUCACCAUAGCUACAGCAAAGAAGAAAAAAAUCAAGUCGUUUGGGUUUAUGCACAAAUUCACUCACCCAAGAAAGCUUUUAACCAUAUUCAUUCUCAGCUGAAGACAGGGAAAAUCUACAUUUGCUAGAAUUUGUGAGAGCCACACAGGACAGUUAAUCUGAAAGGCUGAUCCUGAAAGGGGGAAAUACAGACCAUUAAAGGGACAGCACAUGCUAUCAGCACUUUGUCUCAUCAGCAACAUUUUGUGCUUUAAUUGGCUUUCAUGAAAUGCCCCAAGUGUAAAUAAAAGCAGCAGCUCAGUGUUUUCUUAGUUCUAAAUAAGAUAAGAGUUAGGCACUAAAGAUACUUAAAGCAGCAUUUUCUAGGAAAUGUUGCUAGUCCCUGGCCAGACCUGGAGUGUUUUGCUGGGGCCACAUAAGAGUUGGUUGGGAGUGGCACAUUUAGGCACCAGGGGCAGAGGAGAGUUUCAAGUGGCUCUAAAAUAGACUUGUACAGUUUUGCUUGCCCAGAAAAAGUGUUGAUUUUGGGGUGGGGGAGUGUAAGGGGGGAGAAGGGGGGGACAGGAAUGUCAAAAAUCUGUUGUCAUGGGCCAUAAUGGUGGGGAAGUCUAAAGGUUCCUGAGAAUUUUGCAAAGUGGCUCUAAAGUGACCCUCGGUUAGCCAGGAGCAGGAGUGAUAGACUCUAAAAGGAAAGCCCAUGCAACUCUGCAGUGAUUUGGGAGUUUAAAGUGGGCGAGAGAGCGGAAAUCAAUAACGGUCCUCAGGUCCAGAUUGCAUUGAAUCCCAAUGCAGAAGAGCAAAUUCUCUACUUGAUACAGCAAUUAAGUAAGAUGGCACUGGGAGGUGUCAUAUAUGCCAGUCUAGAAAGCAAGUUUUAUACAUGCUGAACCAUACCAGAUGUAACAAGUGUACAAAAUAAAUUUACCUCUCACUCCCCAUGAUUUUCCUGGGCACUAAUGGAAAGGGAGUCUGUACCUUAGCAGACCGGAGCACAUGGCUAACAGGCUUCAUCUUUCAGAGGCAUUUAAUAUACAAUACACUGCUUAGUUUAGAUUUGCACUGAAAACAGUGCAAUGGAUUUUUCCAGGGAUUUAGAAAGGCCUUAUAUAUGACUUGGGAAUGGAACCUUUGUGGAUAGACAUUGUAUUCUAUGGUUUAGCACCAUAAAUCCCAAUUACAAUAUAGCAGUUUGUUUCAUCUCUGAAUUAUUUAUUCAUGCAGCAUAGAGGAGAGUGUCUUGCCAUUUUAGAAACAUGUUUCUGGUUGUUGUGGUAUUGCUAGAGUAAAUAUAGUUUGCAAAUGACCAACUAGCCUUCAGCUGUCAACUACUAGAACAAGGUUAUGCCCUAAUUUUAAAGUACAGAUAUCAGCUUGCACAUUCAAAUGGUUGCUUUAAAAAAAAAAAAAAAGACUGAAGUCCCUGGAUUUUUAACAUUUGCUUUAAAAAGGGAACUACAACAUAUUUAUAAAUCUUGCCUUACCCUUCAUUUACUGGGACAUGCUCUAUAGCCUCAUCACUUUUUUUUACCUGGAAAUACACAAUACUUGGCACUUACAUGACAUCAGUAGAGAUCAAGACCCUUUAUAAAGAAGGGGAAGAAUUACUUCCAUUUUAGACACUGGGCAACAGGCACAGAGGAUAAGUGACUUGCCCUAUGUUGCCCUCUGAGUCAGUAGCACAACUCAAACCCAGAUACCUCAAUGCCCACUCCUUUGUUUUGUCCACUGGACCAAGUUGCCUUCAAAUCAGCAAGUCACACGUGACUUGUCUACAUUAGAGUUUUCUUCUGAAAAUUCUUCCACCACUUUCCCAGUUUUAUAGUGGCUUUGAGAGCUCGAAAGCAGACAAGGCCCUGGGGGCUGCUGCUGUUUUUAGUGGCGUGUGGUUUAGAUCUAGUCAAAGUAGAUUUAGACAGAAAAUGUUAAAAAUACAUGGCAAUGAGAGCCUUGUCUACUAUAGAGCACUUAAUGUUGCUACCACCAGUGGAGCUGGAUCUGUGUUACUGACAGUGGGACACUUUUUUUUUUAAUUUCAUGUGGACAGCUUCCCCCCUCCAAUAAGUUUAGUUAAGUAGGCUUUGGGUGCACUUGUAACAGUCAAAUGCCAAGCACUUCACACAAGUGACAAAAAAUUAAGGUACCAGGUAUGACUGCAUUUCCUGAACUGGGUUAUUGCUUUUAUCCGGCUAGUAAAUCUGACUUCUGUAUAGAUACCAUGAAGGGAGGUAUCUUGAGUGCCAGACAGGUUAUGGUGCUUUAUCCUGUAUAACUGCAUUGAAAUCUGCAAAAGGAAGAUACUCGUAUUAGGCAAUGUUUGGAUACCACCUUAACAGACAGUGUCUGAUUCUUCUCUAAGGGCAAUUCUCUUCCACCUUCACAAGAAGGCCACCUAUUCUGGACAGAGUAUAUUUCAGCACUUAUAAGCACAAGGGAUUCCCAUUCUAUUAUUCAGAGAUAUCAAAUGACAAGCAGCACCACAAAGGAGCCGCUAUAACAUUGAAAAUUAAGCCAAUGAGCUGGAAAAAAACAGAAGCCACUGAUUUACAAACAUUUAAAGUUUCUUCCUCCAAACUUAUUUGGUCCAAAGAUCAAAUUAAACUGCUUCACAUUAAAAUACAUGCAGUCAGUCUUCCAUACAUUCAUUCAUUAAUGAUUCAUCUAGGCAAUACACAUGCAAGAGGGCAGGGGUCUUCAGAUGGCUAUUCUGCCACUUACUAGUUCUGAAACAGGAAUACAUGAGAAAGAAUAGUACAAGACUACUUGCAUAGUUGAGGGAUUGGCCAGAUCAGUCAAAGGAGGAGAAAACAAAACAACAUAAUGUAGAUUGCAUGUAUGUUCAUCAGUCUCUACUAAAAGGUUGAUUACAUGAUGCAUGGGCAAAAGAAAUAGUUGAGGUGAAAAUACGUUAAAACUGCACCAUAUCAGUGUGCAUCUUGGCAUAGGUUUUAUUUUUGUAAUACAUUUAGUCUAAACUCUCUAAGUGAAGAAAGUGCCUUGGAUCACAAUUUGCCUGCUGGUUACACUAAGUGUUAUGUAUAUAGCUGGAAGAAAAAUACUAAUUAAAAACUUAAUCUACUCCACAUGAACUCUCAUUUUUACUAAAAGCAACCAAUACUGGGCUAUGCAUAAAGAGAAAAAAUGCUCAACAUAAAGAGAACUCAACUCAAACAUUUUUUUAUUCAAAAACAAAAUAGAGCAUUAACAGACUGAUGUGGCAGGAAUGAGCUAGUGCAGAGAAAUGAUGGACAAAGCGGCAACAGAUACAAAGCAAGUAAAGGCAAUAAAACCUUGCAUCAGCUGAGGGAGUAAACUGGAACGGUACUGCAGUCUCUCAAUCAAACAGGGUUUAUUGAGAAGUUAUACAACUCCACUAAGCAAUAGAGCGUGUAAUACAGGAUUUAUUGGGUACAGAUAGGCACGCACAAGCCACUUAUCCCUGCGUAGUAAAAAUGGCACAGCUCAUCACUUCUCCCUAUACAGAGGCAGGAGAUCUAAAAUAUACAAAGCAUGGGUGAUGUAAUGCCACAAAGGAAAUGUAAGACAUCAGAACAAAAUUCCUUCCAGCACCUGACAAGCGUUAUUUUCAGGAUAGAACUUACAUUCUGGAACGUGCAGCUGAUUUGACAAAAAGGAGACUGGAAGAGUUCUAAGAUUUGCUUGACAAACAAACAGUUUUCCAGUUAAUCGUUAGAAAAGCAUUCCCUGAUUUAGACUGACUUUGUCUUCAGUUUUUUUACAUGAAUAUACACUGCAUGGUUUCCAUAGCUAUAGGAACUACAUUGGUUUGCUGAUUAACCCUGCCUUUUUAACCAAUACUGCACCGAUACAACAGGUUUAUAAGGGAGACAGUAUUUCAAAGUGUUCCUAUUUAGCCUAGAUAUAGAUACACACAGGGCAUGAAUCUCAACUAGGAGUUAUACAGAGAUCUCUAAUGUAUGACAACAAGUGGCUCAUUCUAACAGCUCUACUCCCCGCAAACGCAAGUUACAUCAUACACUACUCUGAACAUGACAGUUUCAUGACAGUUUAAGGUGCGUACAGUGCUAGCAAUUAAUGUAGUAUACAUACGAAACAAAGCUUUAAGGUUAAAUACUGCCCUCAAAUUUUGUGGGCAACAUCUGUUAUUGGCGUCAUUUCUUGUGCUUAUCUAAGGGCAGAAUUUAGCCCAUUUAUUCUCUUUAUCAUCACUGUAAUAGAGAAUAGCAGGUCAUGAGCUGCGCCAUGCCGCUACAGGAGAUACAGCCUUUCAAUAUACCUGUCACUCAGCUGUCACUAGUAAAGCCCAUCUAUUUCAAGCUCGGAUAGGUGAAUUCAUACCAGUUCAAUUUACAGUUUGCCAUGUAGACUACUGUCCUAUUCUUCUUACAGUAGUUAUGUCAUCUCUAUAUUUUGCUUUGACACCUCCACCACGCAGCUGUUUGUCAGUAUGAAAGGAAGAAGGCAACAUUAAUCACUGCAAUGAAAGUAUCUGGAGAGAGACCUAAACAAAACCAUUAGCACAAUUGUUUAGCCCAUUUUCUUAUGUUGUGGUGAAACUGGAAAGACCAGCAUGGUAAAGGAAUCAAAACACUAGUGUGCAGUGGUGAGCAUAAGUCAUUCAGUAGAUGUGCUGAGAACCUGCUCCCAUUAAUUUAAUGGAGCUAGGUCUUAAUUUUGCAUCUUAAGAAAGCUGGGUUCUAUCUCACAAGAGCUCACAUAUAAAAGCAAGUUUGAUGGCUUCCUUCUAGUUCUGAGGUGUCAUUUGUCCACAACAUGAAAUGAUUUGGCAUACCAUGGUAAUCUCUUCUCAGAUCAAACUUAGAAAAGCCAUAGUAGAGGUAUUUGCAAGUUGAAAAUGAGCUGCAUCAUCACCAAAGGUCCACAGAAAAAAUUUGCACCUUGCUUGCCCAGAGUACUUCUGGCUCUAGCCAGUGACAGAUCGUCAAAGUGCUAAAUGAACACACGCAAACAAAACAUGAGCUCUGUAUUGUCUCUAUGCAAAACAGAUGUUAUUCACUUUCUUUAUACACUUAGACAUUCACGAUAUUCCUGAAAGAGCAACCGAUGCCUUACUCUGAACACAUUCUAUUUAGAAACAACUCCACUUGCACUUUUUUUUUUUGUUCUUUUACAAAAACAUGCCCAUGAGCAGGGCUUUUUAAAAAAAAAAAAAUAGUUAUUGCAGUUUUAUUCAUUUACCAGUUAGAUAUUCUACAUCUACAGAGUAAACAGAAUCCAGUAAUAGUAAUAAUCAUACUUAGCUCUUACAUAGCUAGCCUUUUCAUCUCUGCAGAUCUCAAAGUGCUCUGUUACCAAGCAAGUCAAGUAUCAUCAUCAUCAUCAAGCAUUGACUGGAUCUUUGAUAAAGAUUUCAAAAACUUCUGCUGCUUAUUCCUCACUUGGAGCCAAUAGGCCUAACCAGGUUCAUGCAAUCUGACUGUCCUCAACUACUACCGACUUCAGUGGGAGCUCAGUACCUUGAGCCACAGUUAGUGCCAUCAGCCUAUAGACUCAAACUGCAAUAAACUGAUGUCACAAUCAGAGGGCUAAGGACAACAGCUGAAGA